AUGUCUCACGAGAAACCGGAAACCGAGGAGGUUGUUCAGCUGCAGGAGGGAGAGGGGGUGGGAGCGGAGGAGCAGGCAGCGGUUACCAUAGCUAGUGUCCAGCAAGCAGCAGCCUUUGCAGACCACAAUGUUCAGUACCAGUUCCGGACAGAGAACGCUGGUGGACAGGUGACAUAUCGUGUGGUCCAGGUAACAGAGGACCAUUUGGAAGCAGCAGGAGAUGGAGGAUCGGCAGUCAGUGUAGUGUCCACAGCUGCCUUUGCGAGUGCACAGCAAGCAGUAGCACAGGCUGUCAUCCAGAACCCUUUCAGUAAUGGAGGCAGUCCAGUGGGGGAAACGGUGGGGGGAGAGACACGCUUUGCCUACUUCCCAGCAGCAACUGUCAGUGACGGUACAGCUGUCUCAGUGCAGGCCACAUCUGAUCCGACCCUCACACAGGCUGGAGGCCAGUUUUACGUGAUGAUGAGUCCACCAGAUGUUUUACAGACUGGAACACCACGGACCAUUGCCCCUCGUACACACACUUACUCUACAGACCUUGGUGAACGUGAGAUUCUUCAACACAGCAGAUCAGACUGGAAAAUUGAUGGCCCCCGGGCACCUCGUGACGAGAGAAGAAGAGCACAGCACAAUGAAGUGGAAAGGAGAAGAAGAGACAAAAUCAACAACUGGAUUGUCACACUGUCUAAAAUCAUCCCAGACUGCAAUAUGGAGAGUACCAAAACGGGAGCAAGUAAAGGAGGCAUCCUGUCUAAAGCUUGCGACUACAUUAGAGAACUCCGACAGACUAACCAGAGGCUGCAGGAGAGCUACAAGGAGGUGGAGCGAAUACAAGUGGACAAUGAGCUACUAAGACAACAGAUCGAAGACCUGAAGAAUGACAAUGCACUGCUCGGAGCUCAACUACAACAACACGGCCUGGAAAUAAGUGAAACUACAUCACAGUGACAAAAAAACAACAAAAAAACAUUGUCACAAAUAAAAAAGUGAAAGUGACGUGACAGUCUCAAGUGGAGAAAUAAACCCUCAAUGACUCACUUGCUCGCGCCUCAUCACAGACUUAAGAUGUUUUGCAACUCAAGUAGGGUAUGAAUGCUUAUCUGAUGCACAGACACACAUCCUUCUGACAAGAGACCCUCUGACCGGUUUGAAAAUAACAUCUGCUGUAAGCACAUUUUGUUUUGUCCUUCACCCCCGUGAGAACUCAACAACUUGGACUCAGUUGAUAUGGAAUAACCCUCUUCUGCCAGAAGUAUCCCGCUUGCCACAGGUUUAUGUCUUUAGCUUCAAUCUUGGAUUUGUGAACCAGUUAUUUGCCUGCUCAUGCCUAAUGCUUAUCUUUUGUUCUGUUUGAAACAUUUUGUGGAUUUAAUUUUUGCUACAUCGUGCAAAUGUUACUUCUGUCUCAUAACAUGAAGGUCUUUUUUCGAGGGUUCUUCGGUAUUGUAUUUAUUAGCUUUCAAGAAAUUGCGCAGCAG